AUGCGAACCUCAAUGCGAUCUUCAAUGCGCGGCCGCGCCAACAAAGUCACGAAACCCAACAAGCAACGCCCCCCGAGUCGCCCCCCGUCCGUAAUCCAAGAAGCCGUCGACCACCUCGCGGCAGCUGCCCACGCGCAGCAAUACCACCACCCACAAGACGAGGACGUGGAUCCCUCGCAGCAGCAGCAGCACGAGGAGGGACCACACCGCCAACCCCCCCACGACGACCACCAACAGCACCUCCAGCACCAGGUGCAGCAAUCAGACCUGAAGCCCGAUCACGAGCAGCUGUACGCCGACCCGGGCCCCGCCUCGACGGAAGACGACGGUAGCCACCCGGACCUCGACGACGCGCAGGCCCUCCAGCGCGUCCAGCACCAGAGACAGCAGCUCGGUCUCGUGUCCGACGUGGCCCCCGCCGCCGACCCAAGCAUCCACCCGGCCCUGCAGGCCUUCGGCACCACCGCCCAGUUCGCCACCCUCGCCCAGCAGGACAUGGACGCGCAGAUGCAGGACGCGGCGGCCGCAGCCGCCGCCAGCGCUGCCGUCGUGGCUGGCUCGCCCGGUCCCGUGCAGACGGCUGCCGAGUUUGCUCGCGAGAGCGGCUACGAUAAUCUCGACUUGGAUCAGACGGCCAGCACCUUGUCGAGGCGCCUUAUGAGCCAGCCCGGUCGUCGUCUUGCCGUUCAGAGACGCAAGGAGCAGAAGCUUAACCUUGUCAGGCGCAGCAACGUCGAGGCUCUUCUCGCACACGUUUCCGGUCAGCAAGCGGCUAGCGCGUGCAAGAAUUGCCACAAGGGACACGGACCCUGGACUGUUUGUGUCGUUGUCGAUGGUCAGAUGUGUGGCAGUUGCGCCAAUUGUUGGUACAAUGCUAGCGGCGCGAGGUGUUCGUUCCACGAGACAAACAACCCCCAAGCUCACCAGCCAGCUGUGCUACCACCUGCUCCCAACCCCGCUGCGAGCUUCGGUCUGCCUCAACUGGCACCCGCUGGCGCCAUCCAGCUGCCACCGGGAGUCCUCGCCCAUGACCCCCAGCUCGCCCACAUCGCCUACGACUCCGAGGCCAAAGUGGUCAUGGAUCGCGCCAUGGCCGUAGCUCGCGAGGCCACCACCCGGAAGGCACGCCAGCUCCUCAAGGUCGAGAUCGCCGCCAAGCAGCUCGUCCUCAGCAUGCUCGAGUACGAGGAUCUCAUGCAGACCGAGACCCAGCUCCACCAGCAGCAGCAACACCACCAGUUUGGCCAGCCGCAACAACACCCACACCAGAGGGCUCAGGACAUGAGGGCCAUUUCCCACCCCCAGGCGCAAGUUCGUCAGCAGGUCCCCGAACCUGGAACUGUACCCGAUGCUACGAUGGAGGGAGGAGACGAAGACGGAACAUAG